AUGUCAGACUCCUCGCAAUUCCCGCUGAAUAUUGCAUACGACAUUCUCUGCUCAACUAUGGACCGUCCCACAGUAUUGAGGAUUCCUGUCCCCAUAGAUAGGAAAUGGCCACAAAUAGCAGCUGAGAUUGCUCGGCAGGUCCAAUUAGCACCAACCUUCAUAGUCUUAUACAAGCUGCGCACGCCAGCCAAUUUCGAAGAUCUCGAGCAAGGAUUACAGAUCGGAGACGUGGAGGGUAUUGCUGACAGAGUUAGGCCUUUGGACGACGUACCACAUGACAUGACGCAGUUUCCCCCGGAUAAAGUCCAUGUCGUCGUCGUUGUGAGUCCACCGAAAAUGGCGGCCGAAUGGUUUUCCUGGGUCAACCUAUCACAGACAGCGCUGACUAAACUGUUACAAGUUGUCAUUGAAAUACCCAACAGAUGGUCGAGGAAUGAUGUUACCAGCAAUGGUGGUGUCUUCGUGGAUCGUAGUUCGGUUUUGCAGAACAUAGUCGACAAGUUGAAGGCGAAACGGACGUAUCGGGCAAACUAUAAUAGCCCCACCUUUCAGAAUGCCAGCUCCCUUGCUCAUUUCUCCCAAUCGUUCAGCCCCGCCAUGGGACCAAGCGAGACGGUGAAGGGCGACAACGAAUUCGAGACAUUCUAUCUUGUCUCUUGGCGUUUUAGCAACGAUGCACCCCUGGUGUGCUCGGACCCCUCCUCGUCCUUGAAAGCGAGGAGUUUCGUGGUGUAUUUCAUCCAUUCUCCUUUCUUAUCCGGCAGUAUCCAGAGUGACCCUUUACAGUAUAAGGAACAAUUGUCCUGGCAAUUCCCGAUGUUUGUUAUGAGGCGUGACAGUUGGGGUCAUGUGCGAAAAUUCCACCCGAACAGUGAUUUCAGUGUCGUCCUCCACGACUUCCGAUGCCCUGUCGUCCUAUCGGAAGUUGUUUCACAGAAGGAUGAAGGUGAAAGUGACCGAUACCGCAUGUUAGUGGAAGCCAUCGUUGCCGCCCGUGUGGGCAAAUAUCUCUUGAAGGCUACUUCUCGGAAGCAGUUUUUUGUGGUAGCAAUUUACCUCACAGCGUCUCUGGAAGUGGAGAGGUAUAUCGUGAGCGAAGACUUGUCAGCGCAGAAGAAUCUUAUCCAGCAGGAAAAAUUUCACCUCAGGGAUCCAAGUCGGGCAGCGGAGUUCCUCCGGGAAAUGUAUAACUUGAAGCCGUUACUGGAGGAGCUCGCGGCCGAGCUCGAUGAGACGAAAAGGGCCGAUUUGGCGAAGAUCGAGACGGACACGUCGAAAAUGCUUUCUCUCAAUUCCAGGGCGUCCUGGACGAAAACCCAUCCCUCAGAAUCUAGACUGGAAUCAGUCGCAGAACACGAUGCGCCAAUGAAUAUCAGUGACGAUAAUGGCGUAUUCAAUAGCCGUAGUGUCCGUUCCGUUCUCGACAAGGCAAACUGUGAGAUUGACUCUGUUGGAUAUGGGCAUCCCCACAUAGCCCUCGUUGUCCGAAAGGAUGACGGUACUUCGGCCGGAUUCCUCAAGUUUGUCAAAGACGGAAACCCAGAAGUAGAAAUCCUGCAAUAUCUCUCGCGGAUUGAUUCACCCGCCAACCACACCAUUCGCCCCAUUCGUGUCUGGCCUAUCGAAGGGGGCAGGAUCGUCUCAAUGCCCGUUGGAGGUGGCUGGAUCACUUACCUCGAAGAUCUUGAUGCGCGUCUUUGGGGAGCUUCGCAACAACUGUUCGAAGCUGUCGGAUUUAUGCAUGAUCAUGGUGUGGCACACAUGGACCUGAAACCAGGAAACAUCGUAAUACCUCCCGUCUACGGAGAACUGUCCAUCAUUGACUUCAGCAUUGCUGUACGCGUCAAAGGUCCAGGACACAAACUGAUGGGUUACGCAGGCACGAGAGGUUAUACUGCUCCCGAGGUCGGUCGAGUGGCUUAUUGCCCUAUCCCCGCAGACCUGUGGUCGUGCGGUAAAGUGAUUAUGGGGCUUUGUGAGAAGAUGAAACCGUCUUUCGCUCGUACGUGGCUACGUGACGUCAGCAAACGCCUUAUGGACAACGAUCCAGACAAGAGGCCGAUGAUGGCGGAGAUCCUUCAGGCGAUGUCAAGGGUUGGCCGCGACAGGGAUGAACUCGAGCGUCAGAUCAGUGGAGUCGUUGAAACCCAGUGA